GUGUGUGUGUGUGUGUGUGUGUGUGUGUGUGUGUGUGUGUGCGCGCGUCUGCAGCCCUGCGGUCACUCACUUUCUCUCCGCGCACCGGGCAGGAUCCCCAUGGCCAGCCGGAUAAUCACACACACACACACGCACACGUUGAAAGAGAGAGAAAGAGAGAGAGAGAGAGAGAAAGAGAGAGAGAGACGCACACACACACACACGUUGAAUAAAUGCUCAGCUUUUACACGGCUUUCGUAAGGGCGACGGCGCAGAGAUGUUGCGGGGAACCGGACGCGUCUCCGGGCUGCUGCUGUUUGCGCUCCUGCUGCUGGAGACCGCGGCUGUACCCGCCAGGAGACUCGAGGAAGAAGCUCUCAUGUCUGGUGUUUUAAUGAUUGGGAUUCACAAAGACGCCCGCUCCCAUGUGCUUCACCUUUCCAGAAACAAACGCUACACGCUGACGCCGGAGAAACUCAAGUGGGACAAUUUCAAGAUGACCUACAAAUUGCUGUCAUUUCCGAGGAAUCUGUUGAACGCCACUGACACGAGGAGAGGGAUCUCCAAGGCCUUCUCCAUGUGGAGUGACGUCUCGCCCUUCAGCUUUCGAGAGGUUCCUUCUGAUCAAGAGGCCGACAUCAAAAUCGGUUUUUACUCUGUUAACCACACGGACUGUCUGCGCUCUCACCUGCACCACUGUUUCGACGGCAUCACCGGAGAGCUGGCCCACGCUUUCUUCCCUCAGACUGGAGAAAUCCACUUUGAUGAUGACGAGUACUGGAUCCUGGGGAACAUGCGCUUCAGCUGGAACAAAGGAGUGUGGUUGACAGAUCUGGUGCAUGUUGCUGCUCAUGAGAUUGGCCAUGUGCUGGGAUUGAUGCACUCCCAGAACCCCAAGGCUUUAAUGCACCUGAACGCCACGCUGACGGGACGCAAGCUCAUCACUCAGGAUGAGGUCUGGGGUUUACACCGACUCUACGGGUGUUUAGAUCGGUUCUUCAUCUGUCCUUCAUGGGCCAGGAAAGGAUACUGCGACAGCAAGAGGAAGCUGAUGCAGAAACACUGUCCGUCCAGCUGCGACUUCUGUUAUGAGUUCCCGUUUCCCACCGCACGGCCGACCACAGCGCCACCGCGGACAAAACACAAGCUUGUUGUGGAGGGCAAAAAGCUCACCUUCCGCUGUGGUAAGAAGAUAGCAGCCAAGAAAGGCAAAAUCUACUGGUAUAAAGACGGCGAGCUCCUGGAGUUCUCUCACCCCGGCUACAUUUCUCUGAAAGACGACCACAUCACUAUAGUGGCGAACGCCAUCAACGAGGGCACGUACACCUGCAUCGUCAAGAAGAAGAACAAGGUGCUGACCACGUACUCCUGGAGGGUACGAGUGCGCUUCUGAAGACCACAGAAGCUGCAGACCUUCAUCUGCAGUGCGGAAGUCAACCACAUUCUGAGAUCGCUUUAG